AAAAAUUGAUCGACCUACUCUGAUAUCUCUUCACUCAUCCCCGCCGCCAAGCAAGUAUCUCACCUUGAUCCAAGCUCUCUUUUUGCAGACCAUAAAGUUUGUUAAUUUGAGAGCAAGAUGAGAUUGGAGAAGUGCUGGUUUUGUUCUUCCACUGUAUAUCCGGGGCUUGGUAUUCAGUUCGUUCGCAAUGAUGCCAAGAUCUUCCGUUUAUGCCGAUCCAAAUGCCACAAGAACUUCAAGAUGAAAAGGAAUCCACGUAAAGUAAAAUGGACCAAGGCCUAUAGGCGUUUGCAUGGAAAGGACAUGACUCAGGACGCCACAUUUGAGUUUGAGAGAAAACGUAAUAGGCCAGAGAGAUAUGAUCGAAACCUUGCAGAGAAUACUCUUAAGGCCAUUAAAAAGAUUGAUAAAAUCAGAUCAGAUAGGGCAUCUGACCACAUCAAAAGCAGGCUUAAGACGGGCAAAGUCCAAAGGCAGAAAGAAGCAAGGAAGCAAUUGGAGCAGGAUAUUCACUUGGUCAAAGCUCCACUCGCCCUUGCACAAGAUUUAUCGCUUCAUCUUCCAAAAAUCAAAGUCAAUGUGUCCCAAUCCCAGACAGAAGAGAAUCAGCCUAUGGAAGAGUGAAUUCGGCUCUGUUCUUCCGCAGCAUGGUAUUUAUCCGCCACCUAAAUUUAUUCAUGCAGCUCUUCACUCGAGCGUCAAGUAUCCUUUUAUGUGUCUAACGGUCCAGAAUUUUGAAUAGCAUAGUUAAAUGUUUGUUUUGAUCAGCAUAUAUGGAAAACUUGUUAAAAACAAAUUGUGAGGUUUGUUUCUCCCUUUUAGAUGGGAUGUUACAUGUGCUUAACAAAUAAUUUACGUAUGUAGCAUGAUUUGGAUAUCUGACAUGUCUUUCUCCAAUUUAAGUUUUCAUUUGGAGUUGAACCCAGUUGGUAGAGUACAAAGCUUUUAAUCUUGGGGUCA